UAAAAAUCUGAUACCAUCAUUCAAUAAAAGGAUGCCUCGACGUAAGUCAACUCCGUCGAAGAGGCAGUUGACCUCGCCGCCACGGAGCGUCUCCAAGCGAUCGAAGCGAGGGGGCAACGCCCCGCCUUCCAGCGACAGCGCACUGAGCCUUUGCAUCUGUCAAGCGUCGUAACUGCUGGCGGCUGGGUCAAAGAUGACGUACUGGGGCUCGAAAUUCCGGUAGAUUCCACCAUCUCGCCUGUUCUAACGACAUUAUGCAGCGACAACGCCCCUGAAUUGCAAAUCGAUCUGACACUUCUAGAGAAUGACCAAGUGAAGCUGCAGGUCAAAGGACAAGCAGAUGCAGACUCCCACUUGUCGUUAGCUGAGCUCUUUCCGGACACAUACGAGGCGUGGAAACCCCACAUCGUUACGUUGGCAGAAGGCGGACUACUGAGUCUCCAUAUCAAUGCCAAGAGUGAGGUAGAGAAAGAUCAAUGGAGCUUCAGCUUUGUUGUAAGUGUGGCGUGGCGCAAAUACAUGGAGAGCUGCUUUCCAAACAGUUUGGGUCCGAUGGUAGCAGUACCCCGAGCGAAUCCGAUGCGUCCCAUGCAUCGCGUGAUGAUUUGGCUGCUGAAAAAGACGCACGAUGCGCAGAGUCAAUUGGCUGACGUUGAUAUGACGUGCAGAUGUCGAUACUGGAAGGAGAUUGAAGUGCUGUACGAUCGUUUUGUGGGGAAUAAUACCGCAGUAUCCGCACAAUUUAAAAGUCAGACGUUUGCUAUGCCUGAAAUUUAUGCCCGAAUUGACGUAACUGAGCAGUUAAAUCGCGACAUCAGAGACUACGAAACUUUCGAGGCGACUUCGGCUGAUUUGCUUCCCACGCUGCGGAGAUAUCAAAAAGCUGCGGUGUCGUGGAUGCUUUCUAGGGAGAAACCAUCCACGCAACGUAAUCGCUCACUGCCGUUAUGUGUCACGUUUAAUGAAGGAAUGGCAAGGAAGUUGCAGGCGUACGACCCAUUCUGUGCUGCAUUCUACACAACCGCACCAUCAGCCGGCAUGCUUCAGACGCAUCAAGAGCAACUCCGGCCAAUUGGAAUGAAUUUUUCGUUGAUACACGGUGGUAUUCUAGCUGAUGAAAUGGGUCUUGGGAAAACCGUCGAGGUAAUCGCUCUCAUAUUGAGCCAUCGACCAUCUUCGUUAGGACCUCGGCUGCUAUCAACUCACUUAUCUCAGUGUCAAGUAUCUACGACAGAAGGUGAUGAAGAUAGCGAUGUGGUGGCGUGUAUCUGUGGCUCAUCAGAGGAUCAUCCAAUGGGGCUUGUGCAGUGCGAGUUUUGUGAUACUUGGCACCACCAGCUUUGCACUGGAUACAGGGUCAACGAGAGCAAUUCCGGGUCAGACUCUUUUUCCAAUUCGCAUAACCUCUGGGAUUUCGGAACUGACCAAACUGUACACGACGCUACCGCAACCUGGUCAAGCGGUGGAUUCAUGUGUUAUCAAUGCCAGAGCCACGAGAGACCGACUUUUGCGUGCCGCACGACUCUUAUUGUGUCACCAGAGCCGAUUCACGCACAGUGGGAACAUGAAGUUUCUCGUCACGUACGGGCGGGUGCUCUCUCCGUGAUGCGUUACCCAGGUGUUCGCGCCUUAAAGGCUCGAUUGGAGGAUAAGGGGCCCAGUGCUGAAUGGCAAGUGCUAGCGUCACCUGGUCUUGUCCUAUCUCGCUACGAUGUGGUCUUAUCAACGUAUGAGGCAUUGGGUGCAGACCUACGAUAUGUGCCAACAACUGAAGGAAAGGACCGACGAACCAGUACACGAUCCCAGGUCAAACGCUAUGCAUUUGUGGGAUCUCCUCUAGUGGCCUUACGCUUUUGGCGGGUAUGCAUGGAUGAAGCGCAGGUAGGAGUGGAGAAUACACGUUUGCAGGCAGCGCUGACUCUGGCGAGGCUUAGUGCUGAGAACCGAUGGGUAGUCACGGGCACUCCAUUUUCGUCGCGAGUAAGCGAAUUAUUCGGCUACUUGCGCUUCCUGCGUAUUCCACCAUACACUUCAUCGGAAGCAGAGGACUACAGAUCAGGACAAAACCUCCAACUACUGCAGGCAGAACACAACGAACGGGAAGGUUUGGAUUCGGGAUUCUUUCGAGAGGUUGUGGAGCACAAUUUCACUCGCGGUGCUGUGGAGCGUGUUCUCGAUCUGCUUUUAUGGAAUGGUUACGACGAGGCUGGUACCGUUUGUGGGGGUGGAAUACUAUGGCGCACGGGCAAGAAGCACGUGCUGGAUCAGCUGGGUCUUCCACCGCAGAAGAGUGAGGUCGUUUGGUGUCAUUUCACUGCUGUAGAAAGACACUUCUAUGACCAACAGGAGAAGCGCAUCGUGUCUCUUAUUCAGCAGCGACAGCAGCAGCAGCAGCUAGCUCAGACAGGCCAGGUUAUAGAUCGAGACGAUCCGUUGUGGCAAGACUUGCUGGUGUUGCGGCAGUUAUGUUGCCAUCCACAGGUUGGCGGUGCUCGACAAGCUUGGGGCUCUUCUGGUAAUACUACAAGUAGAGCUGUUAUGACCAUGGAUGCGUUUCUCCAAGAACUGGUGAACAAGGCCAAGCGAGAAUGCGAAGAGGACCAACGACAACUUAUUGGAGCGCAAAAUGGUUUGGCCGCACUGCUGGUACUCAAAGAUGAAAUAUCUGAGGCUGCGCUCAAGUAUAUGGCUGUAAUGAGACCUAUUCGCACGAACUGGCCGCAUUUCCGUGCUGAUCUACUUCCGCGAUUACACAUAUUGCAGAACCUCGAGAAGUGCGUGCGUCAGCUUUAUUCACUGCCUGAAAGUGGUACACAUGAUGACAGCGAGGCUCUGUCUGGCAUGAGCAAUACAGAAGACCCAAAAAAGGUUUGCCUGCUUCCAGAACUCCCUGCACUUCAGAGACGCGUCUCAUCGACUGGGCUUCUUCCUGACUCGAAUGAUCUGAGUGAGGAAGAGCACACAGAAAUUAGUCGAGAAUGUGCCUUGCUGGGUCAAAAUGCUCGACAAAUCCGACGGUACUACCUACUCCAAGCAGACAUGAUGCAUACACGAGCUCUCACGAACUUCAAAGAGAUUUCCCAGAUGAUUGACGAUAGCCAACAGCAUUCCGCAGGAGGUAGGACGGAAUUGCUUUGUACAUCGGGGAAUUGGUGGAAUGAUGCCUUGGCCAUCAUUGAACAGAGCGAGCGAGGCAACGGACUGCAGCUCGUUGACAGAGUGCGAGCACGGGUUGCUGGUUUUGAUACACGUUGGGGGACGACCUUUUGCUCUCAACUUGUCAGCACGCGUUCUCUCAGACUUUUGCUCGUACGCGAGCUGGAGGCCUUGGCAAAACGACGUCGCGAGCUUUUCGACCGUCUUGCAGCUCUGAGUGAAGGCACACCGACGGACGCCGACGUGGAGCUUUCGGGUAACUGCAAAAAAUGCCGUGACGGUGGAACUGGCCCAGUUUGUAUUCACUGUCAGUUGUACAAAGAACUUGAAGCGUAUCGGCGACACUUUCUUGGGGUUGAUAAAACUAUUUCUACCAAAACGACGAUCGUGGAUUUGUUCGAUGUCGACAUGGAGGACGAAGAUACUUCAAACGACAGUAGUGGCGGAUUGUCUACAUCUCUAUAUGUUGAGAUUUUUAAAGAAAUUUCGGGGUGUGCACGCAGCGCGUUGCGUGCACAGGAAGAUGGUAGAGAGCUAGCUCUCGAGAUUCAGACGGGUAUGCAGACGGAGACCGACUUCUGGCAAAAGCUUCAACGUGAAUGGCAAGCUGCAAAGAAGCUGUUCCAGGCUCAACACCAGCGUUUGGGAGCGCUUGACGAGCUAGUCAUGGCUUGUAGCCAGCUACGCCUACGACUUCCUGAUGAGCCACCAGGACGCACUAAGGCUGAGAGAUUGUAUAAAUUGGAGCGCCAAGAGAUCCCUGUUCGUACGGCGGAGCUGGAAGCGGAACGUGUGGCAGCUGACCUAGUUCUCAAAAACAAAAUGGCUCAGCUGCGAUAUUUGUUGCAACUUCAAAACGAGUCGGGAACGCGUCAAGCACAACAGGCCCAUGCUCUCGAAGCAAGUCCGGAAUCUUCACCCGUUCGUCCAUUAUGCGCUGUCUGCCUACAAGAAUUUCCGCAGAGACGCGCCGUGCUAUUGUGCGCUCACGUGUUCUGCACGAGGUGUGUAUCAGACCUGAAAGGUGGUCGCCAACAUGCCAGGAAACAUAUCCGCUGUCCAACGUGCCGCCGUGUUUGUCCUGUAGAUAAUAUCACUGUUGUUGUGGAGCAGUUGGCGUCAGAGUCCACUUCAACCAGGUCGGAGGAUCUUAGCCAAAACGAAGCCGUUUCUGAAGUUCCACGCCAACCUGCACUGCCACAACACAACAGUGGAAGCUUAGGCUCUAAGCUGGACGCGUUACUUGCGCGUGUGGAAAUUCUUCGACAGGAGAACCCCACUGUAAAAUGUUUGUUGUUUUCGCAGUGGUCUCAGAUGUUGGAGCUGGUCAUGCAACCUCUGCGUCGAGUUGGCGUGCGCUGCUUCAUGUACGGAACAAAGCGGCAACUACCAAAGCUUCUGGAGCACUUUCAAGCUUGUCCAGCGGCCUGUGUACUGGCACUUCCGUUCAAAGUAGGCGCCAAUGGACUGAACAUCGUGGAAGCGACUGAGGUACUUCUUAUUGAGCCCUUGCUUAGUAGUAGCAUUGAAGCACAAGCUGUCAACCGUGUCCAUCGUCUGGGUCAGACUCGGCAAACGUGUGUCCACCGAUUUAUCGUUCAAGGCUCAGUUGAGGAGCGCAUCUUUCACCUUGGUCACAAGCUUAAGGCCGAUAACACAAGAGAGGAGCAGGAGAGCAAGGAAGAAAUCAACGACGAUGAUGAAGAACUGCAGCGUUUGGGUGUGGCACCUGGACGCAAGGAACAAGAGAAGCUUACAAUGCAAGACUUGCAGGAGCUGCUGCGUGGAAACUCGGGUGAUUCUGCCGCGAGCGCAGCAGCAGCGAUAGUCUUUUGGGAUGAACUGGUAACGCUAAACGGGAACUGCGUCACUCGCACAGCUGCAUACGAAUUUCUGGAGCGCCGACAUGCUACGCAAAUACGGACAGAAGGACAAGAUCGUAGUCGUGGGCCCCAGACGAAGUUAUUUGGCAAGUUUGUGGAAUUAGUUGUCGCUGAAGAGCUACUUAGCCUUUUGCAUACAGAUGAGUUGAAUUCUAUCGAGGCAGCUGAACGUAUCGAUCCUCAGCUACUCCACAACCAGCAGGAACAGAUCAAGGAACAAGUUUGCGUGUGGAGGAAAGCGCAAGAGGACAACACAGCGUGAGAGGAAACGAUAAAGGCCGAUUCAGUUAAUGAACACAAUAUCACACGCUGCAAAGGAAGCACUUCGAGCAAAAGUAACCUACACCCUGGUAGUUGCAGAUUGCCGCUUUCCAAGUGCUCCGUGCUUUCGAUUGGCGCCUUGGAUUUGGUGAUGCCGAGCGAAAAUGCAACCCAAGUUAUGCCGCUUUGCGCUAUUUGCAACAGUGAUGGGCCAGUAGCAGAGUCGAAUCACGAGGAAUUGCCUUUGAGUAUUCAAGGACACGACGUCACCAAAGUUACGUCGGCACACAGUAGCCCUGGACGUGCAAAGCCGCAUGAAGGACAUUGUAGUACAAGAUAUCAUAGUGCACCGAGAUGCACCGCAUAAAGUCGUCUAAGCAAAAACAGUAGAUUACUUCGUUACGAGGACGAAGCUUUUGUCUACUCUUCGAACCUUGGCGUCUCUAUUCGUGUCGAUUGCUACUUCUUAGCUGGAAGACUGAGCACACGACCCAGUGCGCGGUGCACCUCAGUCUUAACUUCUGGUCCGGGAAAAAGUUCGCCGUCGACACACAUGAGGUCGUCUGCAUUGCUUGCACGCACCGAGAACGCGCGUGUGCGGAUGAGCUGUACACGAUCCACGUCCAAGUGCGAACCGUCCUCAAUCCCCAUCAUCAACUUAGCCAGUCUAAUGCGCGAGUAACUCUCACCAGACACCAGCAUCAUGUGGAAGUAGCCAUCAGAAAUGUCAGCAGGUGGCGCAAUGUGAGCAUCCGCAGCAGCAUGAGAGACGUUCAUGCUCCAGAACAUGUAGAACGGACCAUCCAUCUCCACCCACCGUUCGGACUUUUCUCCGUCUUGUUCCUUAUCCAAGCACGCGCAAGUCGGCUUGGCUGUUGUCUCGCCACUAAACGUAUCGUGAUACUUUGCCGGUUGUGGCUCAUCGUCCUUGGAGACGAGAUAACGAAGCCGCCCACGGUACAUUGUCUGCCCAAAGCCGAAGAUCUGCAAGGUGGUCGAUACGAGGAAGCGCAUGUCGCCGAAAAAGCGAUAUCGCUCGGAUUUGAUGUCCAUAUCAGCGAUAAAUGCCCAUUCGAGUGACAGGAAUCCGUGCAUGACCUUGCCGUCGCCAUUUGUCGCACUGAACAGAUCCAGCUCUUGAACUUGGCCCUUCGCGAGAGAAUAGGCGGCGUUGAGUGCGUCGAAGCGCUCGCCUGCACGUGACAGUAGCGACGCAGAAAGACCGUUGCCGGAUCCACCCGGGAUGACCUGCGAGUAACAAAUAAAGCGUUAUUAGAACUACCCACAUAAAAGGAAAGGAGAAUGAAUGACACACUCCAAGCGGCUGUAGAAUCGCCUGCUGCCAGUCCUUGCGAUUCAUCAAACCUUGUAGCACUGCAAC